AUGCCGAUCGCCAGCCCCCUCCCCGGGGGGCGAUUCGCGCCUCGGGCCCUGGGCGCCCGCCCCCCGCCGCCCGCCCUCCUCCCGCCGGGUCGCCGAUCCAUCCGCCGCGAAGCCCGCAGGGCCUGCGUGGGGGCGAUCGCGCUCGGCAAGCACGACUACGACGUGGUGGUGAUCGGCUGCGGGGUUGGGGGCCACGGGGCGGCGCUGCAUGCUGUGGAGCAGGGAUUGAAGACGGCCGUGGUCGAGGGCCAUGACAUCGGCGGCACGUGCGUGAACCGUGGCUGCGUGCCGUCCAAGGCCCUCCUGGCUGCGGCGGGGCGGGUGCGGGAGCUCAAGAACGAGAUGCACCUCAAGAGUCUGGGGAUUUCGGUGGAGGGGGUGGCCUACGACAGGCAGGCGAUCGCCGACCACGCGUCGAAUCUGGCGGGCACGAUCCAGGGCAACCUGCAGCGGUCGCUGGAGGGCCUGGGCGUGGACAUCCUGCGAGGCAGCGCGCGGUUCAUGGGCGGCAACAGGAUGAGGUAUGCGCUACCGGGGCGGGUGGACGUGGGCGGGGAGAUUACCGCGCGGGAUUUCAUCAUAGCCACGGGGUCAGUGCCGUUCGUGCCGCCGGGCAUACCGAUCGACGGCAAGACGGUUUUCACGUCAGAUCAUGCGCUCAAGCUGGAGUGGCUGCCGGACUGGGUGGCCAUCAUCGGGAGCGGCUACAUAGGGCUGGAGUUCGCGGACGUGUACACGGCGCUGGGGUCUGAGGUCACCUUCGUUGAGGCCAUGGAUAAAAUAAUGCCCGGGUUUGACGGGGAGAUCGCCAAGGUGGCCAAGCGGCUGCUGAUCGACCCCCGGUCGAUCGACAGCCACACGGGCGUGCUGGCCACCAAGGUUACGCCCGGGGUGCCGGGCGUGAAGCCCGUGGAGAUCGAGCUGACGGAUUUCCACACCAAGGAGAAGGUGGACACCCUAGAGGUGGACGCCUGCCUGGUGGCCACGGGCCGGGCCCCUUACACCCAGGGGCUCAACCUGGGCGCGGUGAACGUGGAGACGGACCGGCGGGGCUUCAUCCCUGUGAGCCCCAAAAUGGAGGUGUUGGACAGGGAGGGCAGCGUGGUGCCGCACGUGUACUGCAUCGGGGACGCCAAUGGGAAGUUCAUGCUGGCGCACGCCGCCAGCGCACAGGGUAUAUCUGCAGUGGAGAACAUCUGCGGCCGGCCGCACCAGCUGAACCACCUAUCGGUGCCCGCCGCAUGCUUCACACACCCAGAGAUCAGCUUUGUGGGGAUGACACAGGAGGCUGCCGAAGAAAAGGCCAAGGCUGAGGGGUUUAAGGUGGGUCUGGCCAAGACAUCGUUUAAGGCCAACUCCAAGGCCCUGGCCGAGAAGGAGGCAGAUGGGAUGGCGAAGAUCAUAUACAGGAUGGACACUCUGGAGAUAUUGGGUGUGCACAUCAUUGGCCUACAUGCUGCCGACCUCAUCCAUGAGGCAUCAAAUGCACUGGCGAUGGGCAACACGGUAGAUCAACUGAAGUUCAAUGUGCACACGCACCCCACGCUUUCGGAAGUGUUGGAUGAACUGUUUAAGCAGUGCAAAACGGAUGUCAAGGCUAAUGCCAAGCAGCCUGUCCUGGUGUCUUGA